UCCUUUUACUCUGCGCUCUUGCAGCCUGCCAGAGCUAACCUUCAGUCUUUUGGCCUGGUCUUGCUUUACGUCGGGUCUUUUUGAAUUCCGCACUUUGCCAGAGUGCAGGAACGGGAGCGGGAGCGGGAGCGCGGCGCAGUGUGCCUCCGCGCGCCCCAGGGGCAGCCGAGCCCCGGAGGAAGGGGCGGAUCGGGCGCGGUGUUUGGGACGGAGCGGGGCGCGCGGCGCUCGAAGCACCCACUCGGCGCGUUCCUGGGCUGGUGGAGACUGCUUGGGCACCCCUCAGACAGCACCCCUCGAGCUGUAGGUUCGCAGGCCCACGGCAGCCCGACUCGACGGCGUCCCCAUUGUGGGUUCAGUCUGUGGUCUUUGGAGGUCUUUUUUUUGCAGAUACGCUCACGUCUUUGGCGCGCGCUCCCUCCUCAAGAGUUGGCCAAGAGCGCUCUUCCGUGCAGACCCCAACCACACCCAGUGGCAGAUGGAUUUCUUUGUAACUGGCUUUCUUACGUGUAGGGUCCAUUUUGAGUCUGUUCUUAACAUGAUGUCCUCUUGUCAAGUAGUAGUCUUUUCCUAGAUGGCUAUGGUAAUUGAAAAUAUAUAGGAUGAAUGUGUGUAAGGUAAAAUGUUAUAACUCUUAAGUAGACCAGUGAAGCAGAUACGGUAGCUUUAAGGUUCUGAAUGCAAAAGUUAAGGUUCAUUUUUCUUUUCAGAUUUAAAUUUGGGGGCGUUUAGUGUUUUUGAGCUGUUUUAGCGAAAGUAUUCGUUGGGUAUGUUUGGAUAUCAAAACUUAAAAAAACACUAGAGAAAUAAGUCAGUGUUUAAAGAAUUCAUAAUAAUGUUGAACUUUGCGCGGUUGUCACAGUGAUGAAACAUGCCACCAAACUGUACAUCAGGAUGGGAAUUUCAUGAACUUUGAGCGUCUAUGUGUUAGGCCUAUUUUAUUGAAAUGGUUGCAUUGUUUUUCAUGCAGGAAGGGAUCUGAUUUGAGUGUGCUCUAAAGUUGUACUCAAGUUGAACAGAUAGAAACCACUUAAAUUGAUUCGGUGAAAUACUCUAACAUUUUUCUGUUUAACUGCAAAUCAAUAGGAGUGGGUUCAUUAUCUUUCAGCAAAACUGAAUUUUCCUGAAAUUCUUAAGUCAGUGCAUUGUAUUGACUUUUUCAGGGUGUAAGCAUUUCAGGAGGACGGUAACCAUAGUAGACGUGUUGAUUUUUGUUAAAAUUCUCAUAAAUAAGAUGAGUCCCAGAUCUAGAAAAUUAACAGAAGGUUUGGGAGGGAGAAAAUAUAGGUAUCUAACAAUCUCUUUUGCACAUCCAAAUUUUUCCUUAUUGUUGCCACAAGAAUAUCAUCUCUUCUUUUGAUCACUGUUCCUGAUUGUGGCUUUGUCCAAGCAUUAAAUUGUGUGCCUUUUGUUCCUUGAAGAAAGAGCUGGUGCUAGCAACCCCCAACACUGUCUGGUCUCCAGACCCAGCUCAAAGCUCUGGAUUCGUUCUCUUCCCAUACCUCAGCCUGAGCCUCUGUCAUCCCACAGGGCUUCACACAAUCUUCCUCGAAAGCUCUUACGUCUCUCCCAAGAUGAAGAAGCCAAAACACAGAUUGAGAGUUGUCUAGAGUAACACAACCAGUGAGUUAAUAUGGGAAAAGUCCUGGCAUUUUGAAGAUGUCUCAGCACAGUAUUGUUUCCUGUUCAAAUUACAAGUAACUUCAAGAGUUUUCAGGAAAAAAAGAAAUUGGGAUUUUUUUUGUUGUUGUUAAAUCAUGCCAUCUGAACAGAAACAUUUAUUUUUUGAUGAAAAACAAAAUACUUUAAAAAAAGCUUAUGAUGUGAAAAAUGAGAUAGUUGAUACUAUCAGAUCAGUACUUAAACCAAAAAUUUCAAGAAGUAGUUUUCAUUAUGAACUAAAAAAUGUGAAAAUUGUUUUGCCGAAGAUAAAUAUUCCAAAUGAAGUCCUAUUGAAACAUGAAGUUGACAAGUACCGAAAGUUAUUUCAGCAUAAACCACAGACUGCAAGGAAGUCUCUCAGUAUAAAGACCUUAAGCUUUGUAGAGGAGUGUGUGUUGCUCCAUAAGUCUGAGAAAAUUGAAGAAGAAGGUAUAAAAAUGUCUGCAAAAAUACUCAAUUUCAACUGUUUAAAGUGCCGAGAUAGUACUCGGUAUAGCCCAAAUGAUUUGCAGAAACACUUUCAAAUGUGGCACUGUGGUGAAUUACCUUCAUAUCCUUGUGAAAUGUGCAGUUUUUCAGCAAAUGACUUCCAGGUAUUUAAACAACACAGACGAACCCAUAGAAUCACUUUAGUAAAAUGUGACAUUUGUAACAAUGAGAAUUUAUAUACUUUAUUAGACUUGACAAAGCAUUUUUCAUCCACACAUUGUGUAAAUGGAAAUUUUCAUUGUGAAAAGUGUGAAUUCUCCACCCAGGAUGUUGGCACAUUUGUUCAGCACAUACAUAGGCAUAACGAAAUCCUCUAUAAAUGUAGUAAAUGCCAUUAUAUAUGUUUAACCAAAGGAGAGCUUCAGAAGCACCUUCAUAUUCAUUCUGGUACAUUUCCCUUCACUUGUCAAUAUUGUAGCUAUGGUGCUACCAGGAGAGAGCACCUUGUAAGACAUGUUAUAACUUUGCACAAGGAACAUUUAUAUGCGAAAGAAAAACUGGAAAAAGACAGAUAUGAAAAGAGGAUGGCAAAGACUUCGGCAGGACUUAAACUGAUACUGAAGAGGUACAAAAUAGGUGCAUCAAGGAAGACAUUCUGGAAACGUAAAAAAAUCAACAAUGGAAGUGACAGAAGUAUAGAAAAAAACACUCAAGUGCUUAAAAAAGUGAACAAAACACAGGCUAAAUCUGAAGACCAGAGCCAUCUUGUUCAGGAACAUUUAAAUGGAGAAAAGGAUGAAAGACUGUACUGUGAGAAUAAUGAUAAACCCACUGAGUCAGAAUCAGAAAAGCCAACUCUUCUGUCCACCGGACAAUGUAAUGGAGCUGAAGAGGGAUCAAAUUCUACUUCGGGUUUCUUGAAGACUGCUGUGCAAGGACCUACAGUGUUAAUGGUAAAAAAUAAUAGAAUAACAAUUCCUGCUAACUACAGUGCUAAGUUUAUGGGAUUCAAGAUGGUGGAUGGAAAACAACAUAUUGUAAUAAAACUAUUGCCUACCAAUAAACAGAAUUUAUAUUCACCAAGCUCACAGUCAAGUGCUGCAAGGGACAGUACUGCAAUUUUGCAGCCUCACACUUUGGACACCACUGCAUUUUUAACAGGAGUAACAACUGAGUUAAAUGACACAGUUUACAUGAAAGCAACUACUCCAUUUUCAUCUUCAUCUCCUGUACUUUCAGGAAAAGUAACUUCAGAAAAAGAAAUGGCUUUGCUAUCUCCAACAAGUAAUGUGCUUCCAACGAUGGAUGAUGAAAAAAGUGUAUCUCCUUUGCCAAUAACAUCAGAAUUGAUUACAGCAUCAGUGAAUUUGACCACAAAAGUAGAAACAAGAGAUAAUGUUGACUUAUGGGGAAGUCAUAUUGCCCAGUGUCACCCUGAGGUAUCAGGUACUUCCAUUAAAAGUCCAGAUAAAGUCACCUGUACUACCAAACCAAAUUCUUACAACAGUGGAGAUAUGCAUAACUAUUGCAUUAAUUAUGUCAACUCUGAGUUCCCUGUUGAAUCUUCCAACCAAGGAUCAUUACCUUUUCAUAAUUACUCAAAAGUGAAUAAUUCUAAUAAACGUCGUAGGUUUUCAGGAACAGCAGUGUGUGAAAACCCUGCAUCAAGCAAGACAGUAGUUCAACAACCAAUAAGUGAGUCAGUUUUAUCACUAGUGAGGAAGGAGAGCUCAAACCCAGAUAGCCUGUUAGCAUCUCUUAGUCUUUUAAAUACUAAAGAUGCAACUUUAAAAACACAAGCUGAAAUUGAAGAACCAUGUGUCUUAGAAAAAGGACAAAACAUUGAUGGACAGAACCUAUACACUAAUGAAAAUCAAAAUUUAGAGAGCAUGACUGAAAAGCCUAAAUGGGAUGACAUUUCCAGUGUUGAGUCACCUAUGAUGCCUAGAAUCACAUCUGUUUUCUCUCUCCAGAGCCAACAGGCAUCAGAAUUUUUGCCACCUGAAAUAAACCAGUUACUUCAAGAUGUAUUAAAAGCAAAACCUGAUGUAAAACAAGACUCUAGUAACACUCCAGAUAAAGACCUGCCACUUCAUUGUGACCAGUUAUUUCAGAAACAUGAGGGAGAAGACAAAAUAGCUGAAUCUUCAAAAGACUUGAAAGUACAAGGCCUCUUUCCAGUUCCAUCUGGUAGUAUGGGAAUUAAUGUGCCUACAAAUGAUCUGAAUUUAAAAUGUUGUGGAAAAGAAAAACAAAUGUCAGUGUCACAAGAUGUGAGAGAUUCAGAGAAGACCCCUAGAAUUUCUGGGUUUGGCACAUUACUUAAGACUCAGUCAGAUGCAAUAAUUACACAGCAGCUUGUAAAAGACAAACUACGAGCCACUACGCAAAACUUAGGUUCUUUGUAUGUGCAGGGUCCACUUCUGAAUUCAGAACCAAAAAAGACUAUAUUUGUUCAGACUCCAAAAAGCUUUUUUGUACCAUUGCACAUCGCUAACAAGCCUGGAUUACAUGUUUCAGGAAGACCGCUUCCAUUGGUUAAUACACAAGGUGUCCCUUCCUCUCUCCUUGUAAACAAGAAACCUGGAAUGAUUUUAACAUUUAAUAAUGGGAAACUUGAAGGUGUUUCUGCUGUCAAAACUGAGAGUGCUCAAGCUUGUGGAACUACAACUAAGGAGCCUUGCAGAACACCUUUUUUAAAAGUAGAACCAAACAGUAAUUGUCUGACCCCUGCACUUUGUUCCAGUAUUGGCAGUUGUUUGAGCAUGAAAAGUAGUUCAGAAAAUACUUUGUCAUUAAAAGGCCCUUACAUUAUUAAAACGCCAGCAAGUUCUUCAGUGAAAGCUGUUCCUGCUCCUAAUAUAAUAUCUGAGCAUCAGGGCACUAAGUUGAAUAUCUCAGAUUCAGUAAAACAGCAGAACAGGAUUUUUCCAAAACCACCUCUUUACACCCUUUUGCCUGAUGGCAAACAAGCUGUUUUUUUAAAGUGUGUGAUGCCAAAUAAGACUGAGCUGCUUAAGCCUAAAUUAGUCCAAAAUAGUACUUAUUAUAAAAAUAUACAGCCAAAGAAACCUGAAGGAACACCACAAAAAAUAUUGCUGAAAAUUUUUAACCCUGUUUUAAAUGUGACUGCUGCUAAUAAUCUGUCAGUAAGCAACUCUGCAUCCUCAUUGCAGAAAGACAGUGUACCAUCUAAUCAGACUACAGGAGAGCAGAAAGAGCCAGAAUCUUCUAGAGAUGCCUUACCCUUCUUACUAGAUGAUAUGAUGCCAGCAAAUGAAAUUGUGAUAACUUCUACUGCGGCAUGCCCAGAAUCUUCUGAGGAACCAAUCUGUAUCACUGACAAUUCAGAGGCCAGGGUAUUAAGGUGUAAAACAAAUUGUACGAUUGAGAGAAGCUUCAAUAAGAAAAAGACUUCAAAAAAAAAUUUUUCAAGACUAAAAACUCAUGUAAGAAGUAAAGAUUCUGAAACUGCCUUUGUGUCUAGAAACAGAAACUGUAAACGCAAGUGUAGGGAUAGUUACCAAGAACCGCCAAGAAAAAAAGCAUUACACAGAAAGUGUAAAGAAAAAACAAAGCCUGAAGAUGUCCAUGAAUCAUUUGAAUUCAGCAGACCUAGGCUUCCAAAAGAUUCAGUCAGAACUUUGCGGCUUUUCCCCUUUAAUUCCAAACAGCUUGUGAAAUGUCCUAGGAGAAACCAGCCAGUUGUAGUUUUGAAUCAUCCUGAUGCAGAUGCCCCAGAAGUAGUAAAUGUAAUGAAAACUAUCACUAAAUUUAAUGGACACGUACUUAAGGUUUCAUUGUCAAAAAGAACUAUCGAUGCUUUACUGAAACCAGUUUGUUAUAACCCUUCUAAAACAACUUAUGAUGGUUUUCCUAAGAGGCAUAAAACAUUUAAACCUAUUAGUUCUGUAAAAGAAAGAUUUGUGCUAAAAUUAACUCUCAAAAAGACAAGCAAAAACAAUUAUCAGAUUGUGAAAACUACCUCUGAAAAUGUUCUGAAGGCUAAAUUUAACUGUUGGUUUUGUGGUAGAGUAUUUGACAAUCAGGAUGCUUGGGCUGGUCAUGGGCAGAGACAUUUAAUGGAAGCUACUCGUGAUUGGAACAUGUUAGAAUAAUUUACUGCAGUUACCAAGGAAAAGAAAAGUAAAAUUACCUUAGAAGAAAAUAGUAGGUUGAACUACUAAUGCCGACAUUUUUUACUUCAAUAUAAUACCUGAAGUUAAACAUUUAAAAGUUGGCUAUAUUUCCAUGGAAGAGCAAAAGUUUUAGUGUGGUAUUUGAAAAUGCUGUCAGUGCACAUGUAAGUUUUGAAAGAAACUAAUCAGCACAGAUGUACCUUGACUGAAUUUUUAAAAAUGUGUUCUAAGGAAGUUAGGGCUAAAGAAAAUUUUGAUAGAGCAGUUUUGCCAGUUCAGUGACUCAUUGUAGAGAGUAACAGCUGACAGCCCCAUUCCCUCUCUUCUUCCACCAGCCUUAUGAAUCUGAUAACUGUGGCUCCUCUGAAGAGGUUGAGAGCUCUUUCACUAUGGAACUGAAGGAGUUUCUCAUCAUUUGUGAAGAUACUCUAAGAGAGCUUGGGUAAAGAACUUACUCUACAUCUGCAAAAUGUAGUUCUUUUGAAGGCAAUUAGGCUCCUUUGAGAGUACGUUUAACUCACUACAAUUACACCUCAUAUGAUGCUUGAUAAGAGUUUUUGACAAGUAGAUCUUUUUUCCUUGUAAGCUGUGUCCCAUGUCAUUGAUUGGAACACCCUUCCUAGGUGAUUUUCUUUUUCUAAAUGGCUCUCAGUUGCAGUAGAUGGGCAGUCUCGAGAGAAGAAUUAAACUCUCUUUGUCUAGUUUGAAGUUCAUUUAAAGAACUUGAACAUUUUUCUGAAUUUGGUUACAUUCUCUAGAGAUUCCCUUGCACAGAACUAUGUUUAUUUGAUUUAAAUUGUUUGUCCCCUGUAAACCAAGUGGCCAAUUUUUUUCUUGGUUGCCAUCCCUUUAAAAAGAGUGAAACAUAGAAGCACUUCCAAGGGAAUGGCUUUUCUCGAAAAUUAAAAAUUAUUCCUCAGAAACAAUAUUCUGAAGCAAGAUUAGCAAAGCAGAUCAUACUUUUGUGUUUAUUAUUAGUGUCUGAACAUGUCCACAUUGGGACAAACCAUUUUUGUUAGCAGCUUUUCAGUAUGACUGACAACCCAAAGCAGAUUAUUUACUGAUUGAUUGCAGUUGGAAAUUGAAGAAGCAUUAAUAGUGGACUUAGUGACAGUGCAUAAAACUUCAGGACAGAUUCCGAAGGGAUAUGCCCAACAGGUAGAGUUUUAAAAUGAAUAUUUUCAAGACAACAGAAUCAUCAAUUUAAACUUUUCACUUUGUAAGUUUGGAUCAAAUUUUGUUGGAUCAUUGGAUAAUGGAGUUCUUGUAUUAAAAAAUUACUAUAUAAUUUUUGUUACAUUGUUACUACUAGUGUUACGACAUUUUCAUUGAUUGAAUGAAAACUUCAGGGCUUCUUUUCUGUAUAUAAAAGAAUUUAAAACCUGUACAUAUUUUUGUACUUUUCAGUUAUGUAAAUUUUGCACAGAAAUUUUUUGACAUAAAAAGUUUAUUUUCUUUCAAUUUAGUUCUGUGCAUGCACUAAUAAAACUUGUUGUUUAAUUUAAAAGGAAUAUAUGAGACUUUACCCAUGUUAUUUUUUUUGGUUUUUAUUUCAGAUGUACAAUUUUUUUUUUGAUAAAUUCAGUUUUCAGGGAUUGAACACUAUUGUUAGCAAGUGCCUAAAAGAUGUGAAACAGUUUACAUACGUCAACUGUAACAUUAGGUCCCAAAUGGGCCCACUUCCCCUAUAGUUUUAUUUUAAAGAAAGCCAUACAUAGAUGCUUCAAGCUAUCUUGCUAUGCACAUUAUACAUGUACUGUUCUUGUGCAGUUUGUCUACUUUCUUAGAAGUGAAGUAUUUUUUGUAUAAAACCUGUCGUGUUUCUUAAAUUGAGCCUAAGAAUGGAGUUGAUUGGAAAUAUACAGUAUAUAUUAAUAAUGUAUAUGGUGUUUAAAGAAUGGUUAAGCAUUGUUAAUUUCUGUAACGAAUGUUUUCUUCAAUUAAAUUUAUCUUAAG